AUGAGUCUCAAAAUCCACCCUUUAAUCGACAAUGGUCUGCAAAAAGGCAGCUCAAGCUUCAACGGCGGCACAUUGAAAUGCCACUGCAUUUCCAACCCCGUGGUGGUAACCAUCAAGGGAAACGUCCUUCACAACCACGCUUGCGGAUGCUCGCUAUGCUGGAAACCCAAGGGAUCGCUCUUCUCCGUCGUCGCGGUGGUGCCGGUCGAGAAUCUCUCCGUCACGGCCAACGCCUACAAACUUUCCGUCGUCAAUAAAGCGGCGACUAUCCAGCGGAAUGCGUGCAGGGAAUGCGGCGUGCAUAUGUUUGGGAGAAUUCAUGUUGAUCAUCCUUUCAAGGGCUUGGACUUUGUGCAUGUGGAAUUGUCAAAGGACAAGGGAUGGCAGGAACCGCAGUUUGCUGCUUUUGUGAGCAGUGUUAUUGAGCAGGGGUUUGAUCCGAGUCGAAUUGAGGAUGUACGCGGGAAAUUCAAGUCGGUGGGAUUGGAGAGCUAUGAUUGUUUGAGUCCUCCGUUGAUGGAUGCUAUUGCGACGUAUGUUGCGAAGAGCAAGAGUAAAUUGUAG